UACUCAGGAGGUAAAGAAAAUUAUGGAAAUAGUCCGUGAAUCCGGCAGUAAUUAUCUUGAAUUGAAGAAUAAGGUUGAACAAUGUGGUGUAAGGGUUUCCUCUGAGUUGGUGGUGGAGGUGCUUUGUCAGGUUCGACAUGAUUGGGAAGCAGCGUUUACAUUCUUUUUAUGGGCUGGGAAACAGCCUGAUUAUGCUUUUUCGUUGCGGGAAUAUCAUUCAAUGAUUUCUAUUCUAGCGAAGAUGAGGAAGUUUGAUACUGCAUGGGCAUUGAUUGAUGAAAUGAGAGGAGGGCGAGCAGGCCCUUGUCUUGUGACACCACAGACUCUUUUGAUCAUGAUAAGGCGUUACUGUGCUGUGCAUGAUGUGGGGAGGGCUAUAAACACGUUUUAUGCGUAUAGGAAGUUUAAAUUUGAUGUGGGAAUUGAGGAGUUCCAUAGUCUGUUGUCUGCCCUUUGUCGAUACAAAAGCGUGCAGGAUGCUGAGCAUCUGAUGUUUUGUAAUAAGGAUGUCUUCCCAUUUAAUACCAAGUUUAAUAUUAUACUGAACGGCUGGUGUAGUGUGAUCGGGAGUCCACGUGAAGGAGAGAGGGUUUGGACCGAAAUGAGCAAGAGAGGUGUUUGGCAUGAUGUUGUGUCAUAUUCAAGUAUCAUGUCCUGCUACUCAAAGGCCUCUAAUCUUAACAAGGUACUUAAACUUUUCUCCCAGAUGAAGUCAAGGGGGAUUGAACCAGAUAGGAAGGCUUACAAUGCAGUAAUCCAUGCUCUUGCAAAGGCUAGGCAUAUAAAAGAGGCCAUCAAUCUUCUCAAAGUUAUGGAAGAGAAUGGCAUUGCUCCAAAUGUUGUUACUUUUAAUUCACUGAUAAAGCCUCUAUGCAAAGCACGAAGGAUAGAUGAGGCUAGGAAAGUCUUUGAUGAGAUGUUGCAGAAGGACCUCACUCCUACAAUUCAGACCUACCAUGCUUUCUUUCGUAUUCUAAGAACUGGGGAAGAAGUGUUUGAGCUCUUGAACAAAAUGAGAAAGAUAGGCUGCCAACCAACUAAUGAUACUUAUAUCAUGCUGAUUAGGAAGCUUAGUCGAUGGUGCCAGUUUGAUAAUGUCUUCAAGGUAUGGAAUGAAAUAAUUGAAAAUGGGGUUGGUCCUGACCGUAGCUCAUAUACUGUAUUAAUUCAUGGGCUGUUUCUAAAUGGGAAGUUGGAUGAAGCAUACAAAUAUUACAUGGAGAUGAAAGAAAAGCAGUUUUUGCCGGAACCAAAAAUAGAUAAGAUGCUGCAGGGUUGGGUUUCUGGUAAGCAAUUCGCAGAGCGACAAGUGGCUGAUCUGAAGAACAAUCAGUUGCUAGAUAACCAGUUGAACAAACGGAACAGAGUUCAAUCGAGAAAACUUGAGCAAGAGAAAGAUUUUCUCAAGGAACCUGAAAGCAGAAGAGUUGUCAGAGAAAGAGGUUUUUCUUUUUGGGAGCAAUAGGUUUGCAUAAUACCGUAAAAUGCCAGAAUAUCUGUGUAUGGAAUGAGACUAUCUGGCGCAUGAGAUUCUCCAUCAGCAAUAAUAAUCCUGAAUGCCUCAUUUCCUUAUAACUAUUUGAUAAUACUGUCUAACAUUGUCGUCGAGAAUAUUAUUUUUAAAUCAUGAAUAACUGACACUAAGCAUGCAUUGAAUACAAAUUAGUUCGGGUGUUACUCCAUGAAUGUCAUCUGUCCAUCUAUAUGGAAUGCACAUCAUAUCUUUUAUGAAUGGUGAGAUGUUUUUAUUGUGCUGCUUCUCUAAACUGUUUUUGGAUAUAAAAUCAUCCGUGGCCUGAUAUGAAUUAUUCUUUUUCAUGUCACUAACAUACAACCGUGUGGCUACUUAGUCUUAUGGGCAUAGAGUAAGGGGGCUAGCACAACUAUUGCUCCAGGAGUAACAAG